GCCCCUCCCCGUUUUCUUUUUUGGCGGUUUGAGCCUCAAUGGCGGCGCGUGUGGUGGGCGAGGCGGCGGCUGAGGCUGAAAAAGAAGGGCGCCUCUGAGAGGAGCUGAAGGGCUUGGCGAACGAAGGCGGAACCCUUGAGGAAGAGCAGAGCGCUGACGCGGAGGAUAUACCUGCACGUGAGGAAAGGAAGACACGGGUCAGCCCCGGUUCGCCUCGCGGCCAUGAGCGCGCAGCAGCUCUCGCCUCCUCCCGCCUGGGAGAAAGAGCACCUCUGGCUCUACCUUCUGGCGCUGGGCUUCGACCCGGAAAAAGCCGCCGCCGGGAGGGUCUCCACGCAUCUCGGCCUGGGCGUGUGAGUGGGCCUUUUUUUUCUUUUUUCUUUUAAACUGACCUUUGUUUAAUGCUGCGUUUCCCAAAUUUGGGUUUCCGGCUGUUUUUUGGACUACAACUCCCAUUGUCCUCAGCCUUCCUUGGAGGUUUCUUAAGCAGAGGUUGGGGGCCCCACUUUCUUGGCCCCCCCCCCAAAUUUCACUACAGUAUUAAUAUACUUUUUCUUAAUUGCAUUUCAGUUCAACAGUGGUAUUUCAGUUCCACAGUUACUUUGAUAAAAUACAUAUUUUGUGAUGUGCAAAUGGCUUUAGGUACCUAUUAGGUCCAUAAAUUACCAUAUAGCACAUAUUCUUAUAUAUCUAUAUAUCUAUAUCUAUCUAUCUAUCUAUCUAUCUAUAUAUAUAAAUAUUAUUGGCUUUUUAACAUAUCAUUUUCAACAAUUAUUAAACAUACUUUUAUAUCUUAUACAAUUUUUUUGACUUCCAUCAAUCACUUCUGAAAAUUUUCCAAUCUUUUCCACUUAAUUUACAUUUCUUACUUUCACUAUUACAUAAAUAUAACUAAUACCUCUCUUCUUUCUCUUCUUUGCAAUAUUUCAUAUGUUCCUCCUUACAAAACUUCUUGUAGUCCUACUAGCGUAAUUUGUUGAUUACAGUUGCUCUUCAAAUAAUUUGUAAAUUUAUUUCAAUCUGAAUUUCUGGUCCCACAGGUUUCGAAUAAUUCUUCCUGUCAUUUUAUCCAAUUCUGCGUAGUCCACUAAUUUUGUCUGCCAUUCUUCUUUCGUUGGUAUUUCUUCUUGCUUCCAUUUCUGGGCCAACAAUAUUCUUGCCGCUGUUGUUGCAUAUAAAAACAAUUUAAUAUUCUGUCUAUUAAUGUCCUUGACCAUAUAGCAUAUAUUCAGUGCAAGAAACAGCAACAAUUUGUUGUUGACAAAGCACAGCUGGACAUAUAAAUGGCCGCAUUACCUUCAGGAGCUGAGGGUGUCAUUAAACCUAAAUCCAGCCCUGUCUGCCAAGAACGCUUUAGCUGAGAUUCCUGCAUUGCAGGGGGGUUGGGCUGGAUGACCUUAGGGGUCCCUUCCCACUCUACAAUUCUCUGACUCCGUGAUGGGAAUUAUACAGUAGUUUGAAAGCAGCUGGAGACCCACUGGUUUAAUGGGUGUACAUCUCACACAAGUUCCUAGAAGCAACAGCGCUGGUGGGGGUUAAAAUGCUAUGGGGGUUUAUUCGAGUAUAUUGUUUAUGGUAGUGGUUUUUUGAAAAAGAUACGGUACCGUCUUAAAAAUCAAGUACUCGUGUGCCUUAAGCACACCUCUGGCGGGCAAAUGUUGGUAGAUGAAGUAUUCCCAUCACUGCACCUCUCUCCCUUAAAAUUAAAAAAGAAUGUCCACGUUCAUGCAGAUUGUAUUUACCGACACUAAAAUGGAUCAUGGGAAUUAAUAGUGCAGGACUGUGGCCUUGUAGCACUCCUGUAAGUUUUAAAUGUGCUAUUAUAAGAAGGGAAAUAAAGCAUGGUUGGAUGUUAAUCCCAUUUCUUGCUCCAAAAAACAACAACCUUCUUCUCUAUAAAUCUUGUUAUUUUGUGAGCUGCUAUCAGUGCAUUGAAGGGCCCUCUAAGGGAGGAAAGGAGGCAGUCCUGGUGGGUGCUGAGGUUUGUGCAUGGGGCAAUUGUUUCCUUUACAAGGACAUUUCUGGUUUUCAUAUUUUUUUAAUUUUUUUAGGAACAUGUUUGAUAAACCGAACAAAGAUGCAUUUAGUAUCGUUGUGCACUUCCUGUUUUCCAACGUAGACCAGUCUCGUUGUAAUGAGAUUUUCAGGUGAGUGUCAUUUCUCUUUAACUUCAUUUAAAGGAUGCUUUAUUACUCAAUGGCUUUUUCUUAUAGACAAAAUUAUGAACGGGUCCACAACUUCUGGAUGGCUUUACAAGCCAAACUAAAAAUUGUGGCCACCAGAAUGUAGUUGGUCUCUGCCAGGCAGCGCCUUUUCACCCUUUCCUGCAGAAAAGGGUAACAGGGUGUUUGCCAGUUUGAUAGCUGUGUGGCCAAGGGCUCAGCAACUAUGCAGCCCACAAUUGCUAGUAGCAGCCUUCCUCUGGGGAGAAAUUGUACAUUGCUAUCCCUUUGUGGGACUGCCGUAUUGCUCCCCAUUAAAAGAAAAUAGUGUAAUAUCCAGCCCACAAGUAGUAGAGGUCUAGUCUUGCUGCAGAGGAGAUAACCAUAAUGUUUGUUUCUACUCCUCCUCUGCCCACCAAAAGGAUGCAUAUUGUGCACAAGGCAGGGGGAAGAAUUCUUGUGGAUGUGAUUAAUAGAGUUAGAGGAAUGUGUAGGUACUACUUGUUAAUUUAACAUCCUUUCCUCCAUUUCUUCACAUCAUUUUUUGAGAUUUUAAGCUUACUGCUGCUGCUCUCUCUGUGUGUAGCCUUUGUUUGAGAGGAAAAACUAGCUAACAAGGGACUUGCUGCACAUUUUCUGGAGAUUAUUUAGUUGCAACUCUUGCAAGAUCUUCUUUGUGGUGUUGAGGUCCCAGGGUGCUGGAAACUGAUAGCAAUGAGCAAUAGAACUCUUUUCCAACUGAUGUCAUGAAUAAUAUCUUUGUAACAAUAUAGUAUUCAGUGUUUGGAAUAUACGAUUACACAAUUUAUUACUUAUAAAACAUAGCAGUGCAUUUAACAGUGCAAUCUUGCAAAUGUCUAUUCAGAAGUAAGGGCUUCUAUGUUAAAUAAUACUUGCACUCAGGAAAGUAUAUAAAAGCAAGAGAUCAGUUCACUAAAAUAAAUUAUUCUGAAAGGUCAGAUACCUGCUGGGAUAAGACUAAGUCAUGUGCCAGAAUUUUCUGUUCUGACAAGUGAAUUAGGUGAUAAAAAGCUUUCAAGCUUUACUAAUUGUCAUGGUUAGCUCAGUUUCAAAAGGUGCAGAUGGAGGAAGCCAGUCGCUUGGUAAGAUGAUAUGUGUUCAGUUAUUUAUGCUAAUGCCAAUCUGUUGUAGCAAGCAGGAAUUCUAGCUUAAACAAGGCUGUGGGCAUUCAGAAUAGAACUUGAUCUCUUUUUAUCUGCUUUUUUUUUUGCAGUCAUUAAGUUCUAACUAUCCACAAAAGCAAUGGAUAGUGAUUUAUUUCCAAACGAAACAUGUAGAUAGGAUUUUGGAGACAAAAUGACUGGCUGGGUGGGAAAACAAAAAACCUGAGAAAGUGAGGGAGGAAAGGCUGUGAAAUAAAUCUCUAGUUAAAAACAGAAUUUAAAAAACCCAAGCUAUAUCAAUUUAAGAUAUAUGUUUUUUCCAGAUAAUAUAUUUAUUGAUAAAUUCAGGUAAUAUUAUUGUGCUAUCAUAGUGGAACUAGACUGCACAGCUAGCUAGUAGAAACUAAUGCCUGGCCGUUAAGCCAGCUAUAUUUUGUCAACCCCCGCUUAACUAUGUGACAAAAGCUGAAGAGAAAGCAGGCCAAAUAGACUUCCUAAGGCAGGGAAUUUAUCAGUCUACGUGCUGCCACAGCACCCUAGGAGAGGUGCUUGUCUCCUAGCUAUUUGUCAUUCAUCACUGAUGGGACCUGGAGAUCUUAAGAUUAGGCAGAUUUAUAUUGGAGACGAUGCUCCUUUUGGUAUUUUGGGCCCAAGUCAUGUAGUGAGAGACUUGUAUGUCAGCUUGUGUUUGGAAGUGAACUGGAAGCCUGUGCAGCAGUUGGAAAGUAGUCAGCGCAUGUUCUCUUGGGUGAACACACACCAAAACCCUUUGUUUACAUAUUCCACAACAGCUGAAGCUUCCAAAAAUUCUUCAGAGGUUGCCCAUUUGGAACACAUUGCUGUAAUUGUAACAUGCCUCUUUUGUCUCCAUAACUUGCCUAUUACUUAGCACAGGGGUAGUCAACAAGGUGCAUUCCAGAAGUUUUUGGACUCCACCUCCCAUCAGCUUGGCCAGGGGUUGGGGAUGAUUUAGUACUAUCAAUGCCAGCCUGAAAAUUGACUACAACUGUUGUCUAUGCAAACUCUAUCCUAGGUGGGAUACUUAGGUCUUUGUUAAUGCAAAUGUGUUUAGAGAACACUGAGCCUUUUGUAUUGCUAUCUUUUGUGAGAAAUAUAUCUGAUUCAUUGAACGUUUGUUGAAAUUGACUUCUUUCCCUUCCCUGGAAAGAUUUUGUUUUCCUCCAACAGAUAAAAAGACAGACUCUGAAUUCAGGAAACAUAGUUACGAAUGGCUAAGAAGAAUUUCAGUAAGUAUCGGUAAGAAUGAAAAAGGGGUUCACAUAUUUGCCCCAUAAAUAUUGGUGGUCUAUGAGAAUUCCUUUCAGACUUUGUGUUCUGACUCUUUAGGUGUUGAGAGGGAGAGUUCUCUCAUGCCCUAUUCUCUGCCUCCACCAUUUCACCUUUUUCACGCUUUCAUCAUCUUGCAACAACUCAAGUAGUUCAAGUUGUCAGCAAAUGAUAGAAACUGUUUGAAAGGAGAGCCAGAAAGGAGUGUGGAUGAAGAUUCCUCCCUCCAGUACUUGCUCCUUUGGGGAGGUUUCCUUGCCAGCCCCAAAAGUAGCUGGUCAGUUUAAAUUGUUGCUGUCCAGGAUCAGAACAUUGGUACCUCUCUUUAGUUUUUAAACAAGGCAUUUAAAUAUGGCUUUGCAAUCCUAUGGUUGCAGCACGUGGGAUUGAAUUUGAAACACCCAGUGCCGACAUAAAAGUACAUUUGAUGAAGUCAUGCUGGGUGGGAUUCAGCACAGCAGAAGCUAUUCCUUCAUUUGUUUGGAAUAUGAAUAAACAGGCAGCCCUGUUCAGGGAAGUUUUUAACGUUUGAUGCUUUAUUGUGUUUUUGGGAGCCCCCAGAUGGGCUGAAUAAUAAUAAUAGUAACAAAAUACCAUAGUGAUAUCCAACCAUAAUAAAAAACGAAAAGAUAACAAAUAAAAACAGAUAAAACUAUUAUCAGAGAAAAAAAUGGGAUGUUUUCCAUGGGAAAACAUUUGGGAAAGCGUGUAAAAAUAAAAGUUGUUAGCCUGUGACAAAAUGUGUCCAAUUUCAGAGCCUGUCUUAACUUCUACAAAAAUCCAGUUGUGAUGCUACAUGGGUCGCUGUAACUAAGCUGUUCCUGUCCAGGAAUGGCCAUUGUUAGCACAGCAAUGAUGUCUGGGAAUCCCUGCUCGUCCCAGAACAGCUGCUGACGGGGGAGGCAGGGAUGGCACUCUGGUUGUUACUUUAACUGGUUUACAAACGGCAACAACAACAUGCAAUCGCCAACAUAGAUCCUGGGGGGGCCUCCACCAUUCUUACUUGGCUGAUCCCCAAAGUAACCAUGGGGGCCGGUCGGAGUGAUGGAAGGGCUGCUCUCGUUCCACAGGUGCCUCCUUUGAACACUGGGCCGCUUUGAGGGUCUGGACUUCACGGCCCUCUUCCUCUCCUGGCUGGGAUUUCUGCAUUUCAGAGGUUUGGACUAGAUUACCCUUUGGGGUCCCUUCCAACUCUACAAAGCACUCCUAAUUACUGAGAUCACUACUGUCACUUCCAGUGGCAGUGAUGAAUCAAGGAGUACUUCUAGACUGUAUGCCUGUUCCUUCAGAAAGUACAGCCUCAUUCAGACCAGUGAUGGGGUGGGCUACCUCUGUUCUGUCCAGUGCCACAUUCCCUGGGGUAGAGAAGUAAUCUGUGGACCUUGCAUGCUGAGUGGUGGUGGGGCACCUCCCUCCCCCUCUUCUUUUCCCCCUCUCUCUCGGCAGAGGAAGGAAGGUGUAUUGUGAGCUGUGGCUCAGGCACAAUAUUAUUUAUUAAUUUAUAAACCACUUAAAUGUCAUAAUGGCUUCUAAGCAGCACACAGCUAUAAAAUCGAUACAUACUUAGAUCCACAAUAACAAAUCCAUUGGGGCACUCAACAUCCUUAAUUAAAACCUACAGUAAAACAAUUAAAAAUCAUAACAAAGGAAUACAAUCAGAAGUUCGGUAUUGGUACAAGCCUCAGGAAAUGGUGAAGCAAAGUAUGCUGAUUUGUCAAAGCUACUUGGUAUUGUUUUAUUUGCUGAUUGUAUUUGUGCUACAAACAGGUAGUAGCUAAAGCUUAAAUCUAAGAGAGAGAGAGUUGUAGGCUGCAGUUCACUUCCUCCGUUCACUUUUUUAUCCUUUUAAUUCCCCAGGACGAAUGUGGAAACAGCUUUCCUCCAGUUGUCGCAUCUUUAUUCCUUUCUCCCGGUGGGUCUAAGUUCAUUCAUCUAAUGUACUGCUUCGCAAGAUAUGUCAUAAUGCAACAUGUUAAAGUAGAUUCUGCAGGUAAGCAAUCAUUUCUUGGGAGGCUUUCUAUUCCAAACUAGCUUUUUUUAUAUGCACACCACGUGGGAAAUAAAUUGUAGGACAUGUAGUUGAUACUGGGUUCAAGGGAUCAAAAAACAGAAUGAAGGGGGGCCCAUGCACAAAAGGCUUGAGAAACUUGCUUCUUCCAUUGUAGGUGCUGACAUAUCCUAUCCAGAAGCAGUGAACUCAAGACCUCCCGACUUGAACAUUGCAGUUGCAAAAUAUCAUGUAGCACAAAACAGAUUUUUACACGGUCUGCAAAAGGAAGACACUUUGAUUCAAGAAUUGCAGAAAAAAGCAUUGUAAGUAGAGUUUCUAUAACAUGUAAGUUGUGGCAGUUUGAGUGAUCCAAACAACCGUAUAGCUGAGAUUGAGUUUUCGUUUCUGUGCUGCCUUCCAGCCAAAAGACGCCCUCACAAAGGGUAGCACACAAAUACACAAUUCAAAUAAAAAAAUAAGUAUGAAACUUACAAAAAUGUAAGACAAAAUCUUAGCACUUCAAAAAAGACUAGAAGCCAAAUAAAUGCAUGAUCCUGCCAAGAGACAUAGGGCAGUCUCUACAAAGAUGUCAGGGAGAAUAGGAGUAAAUCCCUAGGGAGCAGGCCUGUGUAGCUAAAAAAGGCUUCUUGAUACAAACAAACAAACAAACCAACUAAAACUUUUAGGGAGCUGCCAUCUUAGAAUUGCAUAUUACUAAAAAAGUAAACACAUGAACUAUGUGAAGCACAUAUUGGGGGUUUGGGGCUUAAGGAAAAAAUGCUGUUUUCUCUUCAUCAGCUGCUUUUGGGAGUAUUGUACAUUUAAGAAUCUUUACCUGUAGCUAUUGGCUUUUACUUCUUUGUUUGCAGGCAUUUUAGUAAGCGAAUUAGAGAUUUAAAAUUUGAAAAUGCAGAUCUGGACAAGCAACUCCAAAAGUAAGUGUACCCUCUUAGCUUGCUUUCAUUUGAAAGUUUCAGUUUAGAGUUUUUUUGCCCUGGUUGUGGUGUUAACACAUUUUCAUUACAACAUAAUACCUGGCAGAUAUGAGAAGUGGGAGAAGGAAGCAUUUUGUGUUGACUUGUAUGUGAUACGCUCUUGUCAUGCCUAAUGCUCUCAAUGGCUACUGAUUAGCUGUUAGCAAAAGACACCAGAAUAUGUGAGUCAGCUUUUGCUGUAGCACAAAUUAUACCAUUGGCUCACACUUUUUGUGUUUUUCACUUUCUGGCUAGAAUGGAGAAAGGCCUUAAUCCAAGUCAGAACAACACGGCAGAGAGAGUUGAGAAGGUGAGGAUAUUUGAUCAUGUAAUUCCAACUAUCACCAUCUGGUGCCCUGUCUCCCAGGACUGUCAUUUUACGCGCAUGCAUAUUUCUGCUUUCUCAAAGUAUCUCAUUUUCUCUCUCGUUUCCACCCCCGCUUUCUUUUACUUCCAAAGGUUCGCUGUUUAUGGACACAGAUAACGGAAACACUUACACGUCUACAAAAAGAAAUAGAAGUUGUAGAUUCAGUUGUCAAAGGUCAUAUUGACCAGUACGUAUUAGAUGGCACAAGUGUCGCUAUUAAUGUUCCGAGGCCUCUACUUGAAAAAGUUGAAAAGGAUAUGCACCAAGUAAGUUUCUAUGCAUCUUUGUUUUUGCGCCACUGUUUCUGUAGAAUUGUUUUUUUUCUCUUGUCUGGUGUUGUUUCGUUUAGUUGUUUGAAAUUCAUUGUCCCCUAGUUACUGUGAUUAGCAACUUUGUUAAGACAAAAUGCAGGGAAAGAUCUGCAGUAUAGUGAAGAUGUAAUCAAACUUAAAUCAAAGAGCUCUGUUCUAAGAGUUGUACUUCUUGCAAGAUCAUUCCACCCCUACACUGAGUUGGGCUUACGUGAGCCAGGCUCUCCUUGCAGCUGACCGAUCAUUGGGUUGGACGAGGUUCCAUGCAUAUAUCGGCACCCUUCAUCUGUAAUAAGCAGGGAUGACUAACCCACGGGUCGCAUACUACCCCCAAGAGAUUCCCCCCCCCCAUUUAAAUUGUUUGCCAUGUAAAUUUUUAAUUUAAGAGAAGUUUACUGAUUGCUCCCAAGCAUACACUAGCAUGAUGCCAAAAGUCUUUUGGUGCCCCUUUCUCAGUAGUCUCUUGAAAAAUCACAAUGAAAAAUCGGUGAUGCCUUCUUCUUUUAUCCUUCAGCCACUCCCCAUUUGACUUCCAGGCCCAUGGCAUAAAGAAACAAUCUACAGCCCUGAAUCUCAAGCCGCAGGCACUCAGUUAUCUCUUAAAUCACGGUCUUCACUCCAUUUGUCUUGCAUGGCUCACUAUCCCAUUAUAUUUUGCUCACUUUUCGAAAGAGGAAUGGGGUGUUACGACGAUGUAUUUCUGUAUUAAUCAGUUCCUGCCCUUGUUUGCAACGUUUUGCAGUUUCAUGUAGGGAAUGUCUAUGAAGAAGGAAAACUAAACGUUUUAACGGUUGUCCACUUACUCAACAAAGCUUUGGAAAUACUGAUGCAUGAGCGCUGGCGCAUUGACAAGAAUGCACUAAAAUUGGAUCUUCAGUACAUGGAAGGAAAGACCAAAUACCAGAAUGUUAAUUUACAGUGUCUUAAGUCACUGAGGUGAGUUCAGAAGUCUGUGGCUUGCAUAUCCUACAUGCACAGCCGCUUUUCACAUACUUGUGGCAUGAAUAAACUGACUUACUGGCCUGGCUUAGAUGUAAGGGUCUGGUAAACCAUGAUUUCCUGGAUCUGGAGCAAACUAUGCCCCAUCUUCUGUUAUCGACCUUAAGUCAAUACUUCUAUGGUUUAUUAAGUCAAUUUUCUCAUGAUAUCUGAACCAGGGAACUGCUUUAAGUAAUCCCUAAAACCAGGAACAUUCCUGUUUUUUUACGAUUUGCUUAAAUCAGAGUUUUCUGGUUUGGAUGCCAUGAGGAAAGUGUGGUUUAACAAGCGCUGGAAGUAUUCAGAAAUGGAAUAGAAAAGAGUGGGAAGCAUACAAGCACAUUAUUUGUUUCUGGACUAGUUGAUGGAUCUGAACUUGGAGUACAAAAUUCCUUUCUCCCUGUAUGUCUUGGUGUCCAGAUUCUAUUUUAAACAGAGGACCUGUACUCUUUACCCUUCUGAUUUUAUUAACUUGCAGUUAGCUCAUUUCAAUUGCCUUUUGGUGAGUAUUCUUGCUUUUCAGGUCUAUACUAGUAGUCUAGUAACUGUUAACUUUUUAAGACACAAACUUACUUUUGUCAGUAUCAAAUAGCUUCAGAUUUUUGUAAAUGAAACUUGUAUAUUGUGGUCUUGCAGUUUCUUUCUGCUUACUCUAAUUAUGGUUCACAACUAGACUUUAGCUAAGGCACAGCUGCUGUGUAAUUUAUAGCAGAUACAUUCACUUGAUAUAACUCAUUUGUUCAUGAAAUCUCAGUUUGCUUGAAUAAAACACUUUGUAGUAACUAUGAUGGUUAUUCUUCAAUUCUUACAGGCAAAAAUUAAAACGUGAAGAUUGUGUAUCAAUAAAGCAGUCUAUUUCUAAAAAACAGCAGGAAUGGGAUUUGAAGUGGGAAAAUUGCCUUGGCCAGUCACCUUUUCAUUUAAUUAAAAAUCCAGAUCCUGUAAGUAUCCUUUCAGGGAGAGUAAAAGGCUUGUGUUGAUUUUAAAAAAUGUAUUGUUAUUGUUAUACCAAUUGUUUAACUUGACCAACACACUUUUUGGUAGUGACGCUGGUAAAAUCCUCAAGUAUUUUGCAAUGGUUAAUUCUCUUGAUUUGAACCUUCUUAAAGAGCCAAACUUAUGACCCCUUACUAUUGUAAGGUUGUAAGUAUAAUGUUUUUAGAAUGUUGCACUAUUUUAGUGUUGUUAGCCGCCCUGAGCCCGGCUUCAGCUGGGGAGGGCGGGAUAUAAAUAAAACUUAUUAUUAUUAUUAUUAUUAUUAUUAUUACUAUUAUUAUUAUUAAGUUUUCAAAUGUUUAUUGAAAUGGUAAAACUUAAGGGCAGCCUUUUAGAUUUUGAAAAGAGGCUGUGUGGUUUUAAAAUUUUGUAGGAAUUUUAAGUUUUCUGGAAUAUUGACGAUAUAUUACUCAGAGCUAAAAAAUAUUGUUUAACAUAACUUUUUGAAUGUCUUUCUUUUUAAGGCACUUGACUUAUUACCAGCCAUGUCUCCCCUUUCUUUUUCUCCUGCUACCGAGGAAGCUUAUAAAAGCAGUGUCUUCUGCCAGUACCCUGCAUCAAUUCCAGGUAAAUCUCAAGAGCAGCUUUAUCAAUCCUGCCCUGAGAUCCAUAGCCUCAGAGCAUGGGUAAGGGCUUUCGAUGGCAACAGUCACAGACAUGUCUGUCUUCCUCUUUGCAUAUUUAUACAUUUAAAAUUAUCAUCAUUAGCCAUAUUUUUUUAAUCAUCUUGCUAACAUGGGCACAAUAUUUGAGGCAUGUAGUAUUAGUCAUUAGGGCAGGAAUCCCAAACUUGGCCCUCCAGAUGUUUUGGGACUACAACUCCCAUCAUCCCUAGCUAACAGGACCAGCGGUCAGGGGUGAUGGGAUUUGUAGUCCCAAAACAUCUGGAGGGCCGAGUUUGGGGAUGCCUGCAUUAGGGUAUUCUAAUCUAGUAAAUAUAACAAAUUUGCACUUCUCGAAAAGCCAUGAUUCUCUUUGUAAAAAUGUAUUUUUAGAUUCUACCAAGAAGAAGAGUUUUCAGAAAACAGAACUUGAGCUUCCUGGCAAAGCAUCAAGAUGUCAAGGUAGUUCAGAUGGGGUAAUUGCAGAGAGGUAUGGCUUUAAUAUGUCCUUAUGCAUCAAAGGGCUGUGUGUGUGUGUUGAAUGUGACACAAGUCUGAAAAUUGGAGGAGCAGGUAUUAUACAGGGAUGAAGUACUGCUACACAUCUCACCUCUUGUUUAUAGUUCUGUGACCAUCUCAUGGAAAUGCAAUGCGAAUCAGUCUUUUCCUUCUGAUGCAAAUCUAAAUUUGAGCUCUAAGGCUAUAUGGCUUCACUUACCUGCCGUCUCUUACGUUUCCUUAGUCCCAGGAGGCGCCCAGGUCCAAUAUGGGGGCAGAGGAGGAACAGCAGAGCUGAAUUAAUUUAUGCUUGGUUUCUCUUGUAAUGGGAAGCUACCCUCAAGUGAGGAGGACCCCACUUGCGCUGCUGCUGCUCCUGUCAGGUUUGGGAAGCAUCUCUGAAGAAUGUUGUCCGUCCCCCCAUUUCCCCCCCCCCCAUAAGACAUGCAUGCUGCUCCCUGAAGUUCUUAGGGUUGAAAUAUCAUUUGAGCUACACGUGCAACUGAUUCUGCACAGGUCAAUAUUGACCCAGCUAUAUAUGAGGCAUACCUUCCAGCUCUUGUAGCCCUUCCUAUAAAGGACUAUAAAUAGUUUAUCCAAAUAGGGGGAAAUACUGUAUUUUCCCGUGUAUAAGACUUAAGUUAUUUUCUUAAAAUAAUUGUGCUACAAACUUGGGGUCGUCUUAUACAUGGAUAGUGGAGAGGUGGGACGGGCGAUUGGUGGCUGCUGCAAACAGGAUAUUGCCUGCGGCAUUUUUGUGGGUGAUUGGUGGGUGCUGCAAGGUCCGCUGGCUACUGGCUUCUGCGGCAAUUGGUGCUUGCUUUCGGCGAGUGUGCAGACAGUUGGCUGUUGAGUUCCUGCGGGUGGGCGAUUUUUGGCAAAACCGCCACCCCAAAUGCUCAACAAGUCUGGGCAAUCCCCCCCCAAAAGAUCAACAACUCUGGCCAAUCUCCCCCCAAAAAAGCUCAGCAACUCUGGACAAUCUCCCCCCAUUUUCUCUAUUUGAAGAGGGGGCGUCUUAUACAUGGGAAAAUACAGUACUUACCAUAUGUAAAACACUGAUUUUGCUUGAAGUUCUCUGUGUGGAUUGCUACCAGUUCGUAAACUGGUCUUCAUCAAUUUGUGAUUGUGUGGCAUGGUGUGCAGUUGCGAUUUGUGUGCAAGCUGUCUUUAAAAGCAUUCUAUGAAGCAUAUAUUUCCAGGCACUGAAUUCUUUGUGUGUGCAUAUAUUGUUGUUCAUGAGAUUCACCUUUAUACUUCUGGGAGGCUGAUACUCAAAUAGAGAUAAAGCUUUGCUCUAGUUGGCACUAGCUCUCCCUAUAAUAAAACUGCCUUUUGAUGACCGGGACGAAUUGAGGGAAAUCGUAACGGACAGAUACGGGGCAUACAGCUUUUGACUGAAUGAAGUGCAGAGCAUCAACAGUAUGCAUUUAGUAAUAUUUUCACCUCUCCUCACCCCCCCGCCCCCAGGAUGGUCGUGCCCUCUUCCAGUCUCGCCACAGCGUCUGAAAAUGAAACAUGGGUAUCUUCGGAAAAGGUAACCUAACUGUUCUUGAAAAGCUGAAGUGUCUACAAGGAGUUACAGAGCUUGGAGUAAAGUCAUAAUUUGGCCUGGUUCUGUCUUUCCCAGCUUGUGGAUGGGAGUGAUUUCUGCUUUUGGUUGGAGGAGAAGGGAGACAAUAUAGGCACCAAGAAGUAGUGCUACUCUGGGUGUGAGGCAGCACAUAGACUAUUUUGUGAGUGUUCCCUGCCUUCCACAUGGUGUUGAUCGGCUUCAAAAAACGUUAUUACUUCAUAGAGAGGCCAUUGCCUUGAAGAAGCUGAACCUUAUCCUAAGAUUAUUUUACUGGUUUUGACCUUUUAAAGGCCUUGAGACCAUAUAUGCCUGCCAGUAGACAUGCAUGAGAGAGAGGGCCUUUUCAGUGGUGCUCCUGUGCCUAAGGAAUUAUUUAUUCUAUGGCCUAAUAGAUUUAUAAAUAUUUCUAAGCCAUUCAUUGGGUUUUUAAAUAGUUGUCUUGAUUUUCAUUAUUUAUUUUAUUUUAUUUUAUGUUGUGUACUGUUUUUAGUUCUUUAUUAGAUUUCUUACCACCCGUCCCAGGGCAGGUUACAACAAUAAAAUACGUGAAAUUUAUUAAACAAAUGAAACAAUUAUAAUGGGGAAACACAAAAGUGUCAAAACAAUUAAAAACAUUUCCAUAUAUAAAAUAAUUCCAUAUAAUAACAACUAACAAUAAUUGCCAACUUGGGAGCUAUCUUGUGAGGUUAUCUACCCUGAAAGAGGGCCUAAAAUCUUUAAAAUUAAAUGUUUAAAAUGUGUAUAUGGUGCAAAUGUGGCUUGGUUGCUGCGACAUCAUAAAAUCUUUUACCUUAAAGAAGACCAGCUACACCAAGCUUUUCUGUAGUGACAGCCCAAAACCUGCUUCUCCCUUCUGAAUAGGGGAAUCCAUAUAAUUCGGGAAACUGCAGCAUUGUCUGUUGCAGUUAAAUCUGCCAUGGUGGUUAUGUUGUCAAGAACGACAGUCUGCAUCUAAAACCGGUCCUUGAGCAUUUGUGCAAAUAAUUGCAUCAUUUCAGGGAUCGGUUACUGAAACACCCAAGGCAGCAGAUCACUCUAGUUAUCAACUCUUAAGAUAUAAAGGAAGAAGUUCAAGACCUGCAAAAACAGCAAAGAAAAAACAAGCUGAUACAUUCAAAACGCCAUCUUCCGUUAAACGAGAAGAUCCUCUGAAGAAGGCACAAGAGCAACUGGCGGAACAGGUGAGAGACGUCCUUGAAUGUGAUUCAGCCAGAAAAUUGCCACAAGGCAAGCAGCUCUGCUUAGCUCCGGCAUAGGCAAACUCUGGCCCUCCAGAUGUUUGGGACUACCAUUCCCAUCAUCCCUAGCUAACAGGACCAGUGGUCAGGGAUGAUGGGAAUUGUAGUCCUAAACACCUGGAGGGCCAGAGUUUGCCUAUGCCUGGCUUAGCUGGAUUCAGUAUUGGAAGGUCUGAGGUGGGAGAGGGACUUCCUUCUUCCCUUUGGCCGUGGAUAAGCAGAACAAAGCAAAAGCAGUCUCUUAACCAUUUAAAGAGAUUUUAAUGAUCACAGCUCAAGAACAUCUCGGAGGAAAGGUGUUCCCAAUUAAGGUUUCCACCCACUUCCCUGCCCCCCCAGUCCCAUCACUUCCAUCUUGCAACCACCGUGCUUUUUGUGUAGCCACCUUAUCUGCUCUACGUGACCUUGGACUGAUAGGCUGGACACUUUCCAGUGAGAGAGAGAGUCUGUUAGCGCGCUCUCUCUCUCUCUCUCUCUCUCUCUCCCAGUUCUUCUUCACUUUGCUGUUCACCCUCCCAGUUCUUGCCAACUAUGCCCCUCUGCAAACCACUGUUUCAAAUCUAUACUGCUCUACUGCUCCUGGGCAGCUUCAGGAUCCUGGUCAGAGGAGGGGGAGGCUCCCACCAUUCCUCAUCAGAGGUGCAGACCUCAGCCUGGUCUCUUGACACCUAGGAAAGAGUUGGGAAAUCUGCUUGCAUCUUGAGCAGCUGCUUUAAAAGCUGUUUCAUUGGCAGGUGUCUAAUGAACUAGUUUUUCUGUCGAAGUUUUACUAAUGCUACUCUAAAGCUCAAUGUUAAUAGUCCCAUAGUUUGUCAAAGCUGGAUUCAGAGUCCCAUGAGUAGAACCCGGUCCUGUGGAAACCUGUGUUACUUGUAUGUUUUUUUGUGUGUAUUUUUUUGCAGAUGGCAGAUGUAGUAGUAUCUAAUUCUCCCCAGAGCACUCGAGGAGGAGGACAGGAUUUGGAGGACCUGUUUGGCACCUUAAUCUCAGAUCCCUUCUUAACAAAGAAACAGAUUCCACGGACCCCAGAAAAUCUGAGUGAGUAUCUCUAAUAUUCCACCCUUUAAUUACCUAUGGCAGAGGAUUCUGCAAUGCCAGUUGGUACAAAGUUAAGGUUUUGAGGGAAUGUAAUUCCUUUGUCUGAUGCAGGAAUUUUACAAGAAGUCGCGUUCUCUCUUGAACAGGUAGAAUAGACACCACAAUUAAAGGCAUCAGAGAAAUCGUUCAAUAUUUUGGGCAGUCAGUGAUGCUUCUGUGCUAGAUGGCAACGUUUUCCUCUAGGACUCAAGUGUUGAAGGCAAUGGCAGCUGAUACCUUUUGACACACAGGUUCUUGCAGAUGCAGCCUCAUCCUUUCCGCCUCUGUCCAUUUUUCUUUAAAGGGUCAGGAAGAAGGAAGCAGAAAUUGUCCUGGUUGGCUCCCUGGACUAGGAGGCUCCCUUUUUGGUGCUGACUGACUCAUUGAGAGGCCAGUAAAUUGUUCCCUCUCGUCACUCCAGCUGUUCUUGGGGGGAAAGUGUGAUGUCCUCUAUGUUGGCCUGUAUGAAUAACCUGCCAAAUUGUAAUUACAUGUGGGAAAGGAGGAGAACAAUGAUUGGUCAGAGUUCAGUUACGAGCCAGAUUAGCAGAAAUGCUAAUAGUUCCCAAAGGGGGUGAUUCUUUCCAACUUUUAACUUUAUUCUUCUGCAGCCUAAUUCAUUUAUUGUACAAGACACGCACAGACUAUGGUAUUACCUUCACUCCCUGAGAAUCCAUUUUUUGUUUAUGAAGAGUAAGUUUCUUUUCCUUAUGGCAACAAAACAGGCAUUUCCAUUCUGUGGGCGAUGCCUGGUGAAAUACGCCUGGAGGAGGGAAGCCUUUUCACUGAUCAGAGGUUGAUGCUUCAGCCUAUUGUCUUGCUGUUCACAUGACUAGCAGAGCAGUUCAAGCUAAGAAAAUCUGUUCGGAUCAUACAGAACCUGAUUUUUAAACGCAGAUCAGUCACAGUCUGGCAGUACAAAUAGUUUUGCUUCCCUGAACUUUGACAUUAUAUCCACCAUUCUUCUAAGGACCUUAUACUUAAGUAACUGAUGACAUUGCAUGUGGAAGGAAGCGAGGGAAUCCAAACGGUCUGGGCCCAGUAUCCCGGAAGGAGCGUCUCCACCCCCAUCGUUCAGCUUGGCCACUGAGGUCCAGCGCCAAGAGCCUUCUGGCGGUUCUCUCCCUGUGAAAAGUGAGGUUACAGGGAACCAGGCAGAGGGCCUUCUCGGUAGUGGCGCCCGCCCUGUGGAACGCCCUCCCAUCAAAUGUCAAGGAAAUACAGUGGUACCUCGGGUUACAGACGCUUCAGGUUACAUAUGCUUCAGGUUACUGACCCCGCUAACCCAGAAGUAGUACCUCGGGUUAAGAACUUUGCUUCAGGAUGAGAACAGAAAUCGUGCUCCAGCGGUGCGGCGUCAGCAGGAGGCCCCAUUAGCUAAAGUGGUGCUUCAGGUUAAGAACAGUUUCAGGUUAAGAAUGGACCUCUGGAACGAAUUAAGUACUUAACCCGAGGUACCACUGUAAACAACUAUCUGACUUUUAGAAGACAUCUGAAGGCAGUCCUGUUUAGGGAAGCUUUUAGUGUUUGAUGUUUUAUCGUGUUUUUAAUAUCCUGUUGGAAGCCUCCCAGAGUGGCUGGGGAGGCCUGGCCAGAUGAGUGGGGUAUAAGUAAUAUUUAUAUUUAUAUUUAUAUUUAUAUUUAUAUUUAUAUUAGCUGUCCUAGCUAGUUUUGAAGGUAACAUGCUAACUGUGCAAUAGAAACACAUUGGAUAGGAGUAUGGUCUCCAGUGCAGUGCUACAUUUCACUUAUUCUUGAUUGAAUUUUAGUUGCUGAAAUUAGAAGCUCCUGGAAAAAAGCUAUCCAGGAUGAAGAAGCCUCAAGUGUGGAAAGGAAUCAUACCGAAGCAAUAAAAGACAUGCCGGAGGACCGAGUCCCUGUGUCUCGAAACCAAGUAGAUUCAAGUAUGGCAUGCUUUAUGUCUUCAUGCAUGUCUGAUACAGCAGAAUCUCCAUUUCUGGAUGCGCGGUCUCCAUUUUGUUUCCAGCAGGUGGUUACCGGUUGUAGCGAAUUGCUGACCUGUCAAGCAGCUGCUGGGCCAAUGGGUGAGAUGUUUUGGAAGCAAGGGUUAACAUGCGCUGUUCCAGGCAAAUGUGAAACAAAAAGUCCAGAACCUGGCCUCAAGACUGAACGUGCAAGUGAGCUGGAGGAUGGUCCAUGGAAUGGCAUUGCGGCAGAGACUUUGCCUCCUUAUGUGAGCCAGAAUUCUUCUAUGAGUACAACUGUGUCAUGGGAUGGUCUUCCGAUAGGAAGCUGCUCUGAUAGCCAGGAAGUUAUCCAACUGGGCAUACUUCAAGAAACCCUUCCCGAGGAAGGGGCACUCUUAAGCCUUAAUAAUAGUUGUAAAGAUUUUGAACUGGAUGAAGUAAGAGAAGACAGCAACACUUUGCCGGACUGCGUGGCAGGAAGUGCGUGCAAACUGGAUUUGCAAUCUAUUCGAAGGCGCUUGGAAACGUUGAAAAAAUCUGCGCUCGAAAACUCGCUGCCUUCUAAAAAACAAAUCCCAAGGUGCAGGUCUGAGUUUAGUCUCUCUCCGGCGAGCUUGGAAGCUUGCAAUGUUCUUACCCCUUCGGGGAAACCAUAUGCAUCAGAUGCAGAACUUGCCGGGAAACCAUCGCACACGACUCUACUUGAAAGAAAGAUCCUUCUCUCCCCCCUGGGUUCGCUUCCUUCAACGCCACAGAGAGAGCAGUCAGGCUCACAGGAUAGGGGAGACCUGUUAAACGGUUAGUACCUGUUGGAUCUUGCAGAUGAAAAUGUGUUUUAUUGCCGUGUUGGGUUGGGUUGGCAUUCCUCUGUUUUCAGUGUAUGAUUUUGGCCACAGUCCUCUUGUUUGCCUACAGGGGAAGCAGUGGUUAGAGCAUCUGCUUUGUACGUAGAAGGGGCAGGUUUCUCCCUAAUCAUCCACAGUUAGGGGUGUCCACACCCGCUCUCUGAAACUCUGAAGAGCUGAUGUCAGUCAAUGUAGACUCGAUAAAAAGCAGCUUCCUAUGUUCCCAAGCCCCAGUGAACAUGAUGGGACUUCUGAAGCAGGCAUAGGAUUGCUGUGAUGGAACACUUUCUAAUACUGAGUGGGGCGGAAGCUAAGGAAUGCCAGCAAACUGCUAGCACAGUUCUGUAAGGGAUAAAAUAGCUUGCAUUUCUGCUGUGCUCAGAUUUGCAUUUUCUAGCGCAAGCAGUCAUGCCAUAGUAGGUACACAAGGGAGCAAGUAGCUGUGUGAAACGGCUUAUGAACAUGAGACGGGAGCCAAAGAAGCAUGCCACUAAUUCUGCACAUCCAAGGUAGUGUCUAGUUUUGGGGUUUUUUGCCCCACCAUUUCCUAUGUAGCAAACAGCUUUUUAAACUUUGGGGACUUCCCAGACCAGUUUGUGUUAGAGCAAGAAAGUCUGCUGUCUGUUUUUUAUUUCUUUGUUUAAUUCUCAUUUGUUCCCACUUGCACAACAAGUUCUCUGGAUAUAGUUUUAUUUAACAAAAUCCACGUGCUGAUUUUUUAAAACAAUCUUGUAUUCAGAGAUCUUGCAUGCGUCGUUUGUGCAAGGAAAAUGAUUUCUCAUUUUCUGCCCUUAACAUGUGAAACAUAUUCUCUCAGUUUUGACCAUCUUAUUCUUAAUAUUAUCUAAAUUCUAAUAGCCAAAGUGACCAUAAAAAUCUUCUUUUGCUACUUGGAAGCUUAAAAAGUUUUAACCGAGGUUGCUUUGUAAUUGAUUUCUACCCCAUACAUAACAGGGUACAUCCUUGGAAGACUUUAUGCCUAAAGGACUAUUAUUUCUAGGCAAGUUUAAAAAAAAUAAUUGAAAAGUUUUUGAAUGGCAUAUGUGUUUCUUUUUCAGAAAUGUAGCAUGGAACUGGAUGUAAAAGAAUCUUCAUCUGCAAAGAUCUGUAAAGAUGAAAACAUUCCUUGGUUAUAUAACAAUGCACUAACUUCAGAAACUUAAACAUUUCACUUUUACCUAAAGUAUUUUUUUUUUUUGUAAACCUCAUGCUUUCAUUGAGAUUUUGGUGUUAAACAAUGCAAACUCUGACUUAGUUUGUUGCAUAGUCCCCAUUAUGGUGCUCUUCUGUUUUUACUGAUUAAGAGAUCCUGAAAAAUUGAGGCCAUUUGAGACUUUCACAAGCAUGGAGUGUUAAGAGACUGAACCAACAAACAUUAUCUGUGUUUGUUACCUUUACAUAUCAUAACUGCAUUCUAAUCAGAUUUUGACAGAUCAUUUUGCUCUAACCCUUUUCAGCACAUGUUCUUAAUGAAAUGCUCUUGUAAAUAAUUGGCUAAACCAAUUGCCCAUUCUUAUGUCAACUCUUCCUCCUGUGUGUGAAUCUACAGAGGUUUAAGAAUAGUCCUCAUUACGCAGAUGUUUUCAUCUUUCUCUUCUGUGUUUUCUCUUAAUAUUUGCUGUUGCAAGAUCCUCCCCCUAAAAUAGGUUAUGUGCUGUGUAUUUAAGAACUAAUCUAAAAAACGGAGAGCUUGCUUUGUUAGAACACAUUUGCCCAGACAUAGCUUGGUCAUGUAGACAAUGAACUGAAUUCUAGUAACUAACGUAUUGUCUUAAAACUUUCACUUGUCUUAAAAUAUUUAUUAAAAUGAAAUAAAAGUUUCACUUUUUGUAAAGCAUAAUAAACCUCUCUCAAUAAAAUCUUCUGAAUUAAGGGUUUCCCUCCUUCAGCUCUUUGGAAGAAUGAAGUAAAUUUAUUUAAGGCUAUGAAAGAGGCCCAACUUGUGUUUUAUGCCUGUUCACUUAUUUUAGGCUGGAUUCAGCUAAUGGGUCCUGCCAGCGAAAGCCCAGGUAAGGCCUUCUGCUAGCAUAACAGGUCUUUUCAAACUUCUGCAGCCCCCCUCCCCCAUUGGUUCUGAGUGGUCCAAAAUGCUUUCGCUGGUGGAAUAGUCAUCUUAGCGCCACAUUGAAUUCCUCCUAAACAUCCCUCCAGCUUUAUGGCGGAUGGUCUGUUCAUGUGACUACUGUGGCUUCUGAGCUGGGAAAGUAUUUUUCCAGCAGCAAUUUUCUAUACUUCAUGAACCAUUAUUAUUAAUUUCAUUUCUAUACCACUUUAUAUUUUUAAGAAUCUCAAAGUGGUUUGCAGCAUAUUAAAACAUCAAUAAAACAAUCUGAAGAAAGUCAAAUAGAAAACUAAAACAUUAUCUUAAAGAUUUCAAAAUAAAAUAUUACAAAGGAGGUCAACUACAGAAUACAUAUUUAACACAAAGUUAACAAAAUCUUAAGCAUUUAAAAACAACACAUUCCUAAGUGAAGUCAAAUGCACAUUUAAAACACCAUAAUUAACAAGAGAAUAAAACUGCGCUUAGGAGCCUCUCUGAUCACAGAAGGGGCUUUUGCCCCUAGCAUUUAGUAAAUUUCCCUCUUGCAUGCUGUAUUGCAGCAUUUGGGUUAUGCAGGUCAGGGGAAGUGGACCUGCCAGAAUUUUCUCAUUUGGAAAACCCAAAUAGUGUCAUAGUGAAGUCUUCAAGGUGGAAUCUACACACAUAUAGAAAACGCUUUGAAAAUGCUUUUUUUUUAAAAGACGUUUUGGAAAAAUACUUUUACUUUUGCUUAGCUCACUCUUGCCAUCUAGUGUCACAUUUGUAUAUUGCACUUUACAACACAUUUAAAAAGUUUUAUUUGCAGCUGUGUAGCUGAAUCCCAAGUCAGAUUUGCUACUUUUUCAUAUAGCGUGUAAAUGUAGAAAAGCCCCUAUAAAAGAAACUGCCAGCAAGGGAAGAUGUCUUCUUUCAUACGUUUCAGCUGCACAGCUUGCUCCCUUGCCUCAAAAUAUUUUGUUGGGACUUGGUACCUGAUAGGAUGACACCAAGGAUGCUGGCCAAGUAAUCCUGAUACAAUGUGGAGUGCCAUUUAAUUUCUGUCUCUGUACUAGAUUUAAGGAUAUUUUGUAAGCCACUGUGAUACUCUUGGGUCUAUAAAGCAGGAUAUACAUAUUCUCCCUAAUACAAAAAGUCUUGUGGCCUGUCUCAGUAACAUUUUUAUUACAGGAAGUGUUCUAAUAUCAAACAUGUGUACGGAUCUGUUUUCAGUAUUAGUGGGCAGCGUGUGGGUUUUGCUCCACUCCACGUUCACAGGUAGUUUUGACAAUGUUGCAGGAAAUAUGCCCCAAAUGCCCACAGGAACAGAAAUAAGAAAACAAUAGCCAUUUAAUAUUAAUGUGUUACUGUGCCUUUGGCAUUGAUACAUUAAGGUUUUCAAAGGACUGAUGCGAAGCUCCACAUGGAAGGGUAACAGUUCUCAAAUAAAAGUAUUGUCAAGU